GGGUACGGGGGAUUAUGAUCUCAUCCAUCAUUAACAUUAAUUAAUUCAUCAUUUGAAUCCUAUUUUUACUCGAAUUAAUUAAACUUGACACUGGCAUGUAAAUCAAGUCGACCUCGACGAGUAUUGCCAACAUCAAAAAAGAAGAAGAAUUAAAAAUAAAAACAUUUUAUGUACUUUGUAAUUAAAAAUACCCAAGCUCACAGUUAUAACCUAAAGACGGUUUAGUUAGACCAUUGAGUUUUAAUUACCUACUAUUACUAGAGAGACGUCUCAAAUCAAUCAAUUAUUUGUAGGUAUGUAAUUAGAGCGCACGCACUCCAACUCAAUUAGUCUUUGCCCAGCGCUUGCUGCAACGUGACCAUGUUUCAGUGAAGUUUUGCUGUCUGAAAAUAUGCCUGGAUGUGUAAUGCGAUACUGUUCAAACAACACCAGAAACACAAGUAAAAGUCAAGGAGUGACUUUUCACAAGUUUCCAGGGCCGUGUCAUGAAACAAGAGAAUUAUGGAUUAAAUUUGUUCAGAAGAAUCGCAGCGAAGAAACGUGGUUACCUACAGAUCAUUCACGAAUAUGUUCCGUGCAUUUCCGAGAAAACGACAAAUACAAAACCAUAAAGUCGGGACGAGUAUACUUAAAGAAAUCUGCAGUGCCAUGCGAUAACCCAUCAACAUAUUGUGCUGAACAGGAAGUAACAGAAUCGUUAUCUGAAUCAGUAAGCAGUUCAGAUUCAAUUUUUGAUAGUCCAAGAACAAUUGUACUUAAAAAUAAAUUACGCAAGCAAUCUGCAGCUUUAAAGAAACUCACUAUAAAAUUUAAGAAACCUUGAAGAAGAAAUCCCAAUCCAACGCAAAUUCAAAUAAACCUAUAAUUUGCUCAUUAGUAUUUGACGAAAUAGAUCACGAGAGACAGAAGGUUUUUCACAAUAAUCAAAAAUUAGGUGCAGUUAGGUCCUAUGCAAGGUAUUCAGGAUAUUCUGGAUCCUUUUCUUCUUUUAUAUCAACCACAACGCAAGCUUUAGCAUAAUAAGCUGAUUGCCCUAAACGAAAAUUGAAAAUUACCCGUGGGCGUGGGGUACUUUUUGACGGCCGGUGUAAAUGAAACAAAGGCAAAUAUUAUGAUAAAAUAAUGCUUGUAAAAGUGCCACGAGGUUGAUGUAAAAGUUUUAAGUCUUAGCUAUUGAUGGUCGAUCUGUUGAAUUUUGGACUGUAAUAUUUUAUGUCAUGUGAAAUUUAUCUCACGGGAGAAAAAAAAUGCAUUUUUAUGGACCCUUGUCAUGUUAUAAAACUAAUUAGAAACAUGUUUGAGAAGAAAAGACUGUUGUUUGAUAAUAAUGACAAACAAUUCAAAUGGCAAUUACUAGUAGGUAAAUCUUAAUAAGCUUCAACAAAAUGAAGGUCAUAGAUUUGAAGUUUUCAAGUAAAUAUCUCGUCAUAUAAAUUUUCGACAGCAGAUAAUGAAAGUAAAGCUUGCAACACAACUUCUGAGUAUGAUGAACUUAACAAAAGCUUUCUUGUGAUGAAGAUUUGAAUUCGAGACAGUUUCAAGAUUCAUCAGGAACAGUGAAUUUCAUAACUUUGAUGAAUAAUUUUUUGAUAGUCCUGUCGAUAGCAAAAGCAAAAAUGUUUUUUUUCU